AAUCAGCAACUUUUUUCAGUGCCGUUGCAAAGACGACCUCGUAAAAGUUCCUUCUCGUAAACUUUUUGUAAACACGCGACGACGAGGCUCCGGAGGCUGUCACAGGGGAGGAGACAGGGAGAGCAAGCUGUUAUUUAAAGCAAGAACAGGAACCCUGGAGCCACAAGAUGAGUGUGUUUGCCUGUGGCCUGAACACCUCCCAGCAGAUCCUGGCGGCUGGCCCGUCCAUCCUGUGUUGCCCAUCACCGGUGUGCCUCCCCACUGGCAUCACAGCAGCCAGUGUUGCUUUCAGUCACAUACUUUGGAAGACAGAUUCUGGUUGGCGAUGGACAGGACAUGAUGCUGAAAGUUGUCAAGAAGGAAUGCAUAUAAAGUCAAGUUGGAAGAUCUAUGCUUGUGAGAACCGUCUUGCUGCAAUCAGUGAUAAUGGCUCUGUGUUGGUCUGGAGAAAAGAAUGGAGAACUUUACACUUUCAAAAGCUACACUUAGGUAGAAGACUUGAUGAAAAUAAAUUGGAAGAUGAAAACCACACAAAUGACAAAGAAAAGAAAAGUACAGAUUCAGACAUUAUGGAGCCUAAAUUAAGUGAAGUAGUAUAUGAGAAUACAAAGUGUACAAAGGAGCAAAUUAAUUCUUGUAAUGAAGUGUGUAGAAAGGAGAAGUGUAAAGAUCAAGAAGGUGCAAAUAAAAAGCUCAAGGUUGAACAUUCUGCAGAGGGAAAAGAUAAAGCUUCUUGUGACAUUGAAAACACGGAGAUCAGGUUCUCCAAAGUUGCCAUUGAAGACAAUUUACUUCUGGCUCUAGAUACAGAUGGAGUGAUGUACUGGGGGAAUAUUUCUGUGCCUUUGAGGAUGAAAGUGAGUGAUGUGGCUGUUGGGAAAGAACACUGCAUGGCACUGACUGCUGCUGGAGACGUCAUAACUUGGGGAAACGGAAUGCGUGGACAACUUGGGAUUGGUGAACUGUGUCAUGCAGAAAAGCCAGUACCUGUGGAGAGUCUGCAAGGGGUCUGUAUCACCACUAUCACCUGUGGGGCCUGGCAUUGUGCAGCUCUAAGCGAAAGUGGAGACCUGUAUGUGUGGGGCUGGAAUGAAACUGGACAGCUUGGUUUUCCUUACAAGUCUGAGAGCAGCCAUCCCCUCUUCCAUUUUUUUGAGCACUCCUGCCAGUGUCCAAAGAGCAGCUCAUUCAGUCAUGGCUAUUCACCGGGAAAUUCAGACCAAAGUCAUCACAUGGGCGAUAAAAGUCAAGACAAAGAAGUUGUGUACAAAGAUGAGGAAAAUAAAGAACAGAAAGGAAAUAGUAAAAGAGUACCAGAUGAACGAAUAAAUCCAGAAAAAAGUCAGGAAGCUAUCAAUGUUCAAGCAUUGCCACGGUUGCUAGAUUUUUGGAGAGAAAAUGUGAAUAUACAUGAUAUCCAAUGUGGAGACCGACACACCUUGUUCAUGUUGCAGGAUGGCAGCGUGUGGUCAGUUGGAAUGAAUAGGUACGGUCAGCUUGGUCUGGGUCACAUAGAAGCCGUGAAGGAGCCGUGUGAGGUGUUUAGGAGGGGCAUCAGUGCCAUUCAUGCAGGAGGCUGGAAUUCCAUCUUCAUCAGCUCCAGAAAUCAUCCAGCACCCUUAAAAGUAUAAACAGAUAAUGCAAAAUGUAGAGGGAUGGUGACAAGCAACAACAACAAGCGACACCAUGAUUGAAUAUACAUAGUCUAUCCCCAAAAUAUUGCUGGGGAAAGAAAACGAAAAUACUGUAAAAACAAUAACAAUAAAUAAAACUGUUGAUAAUACUACGAUUAGCUCCAUCGUCCUAACAAGAGGAACGACAAGUGGAAGGGAAGGGUGAGUGAAGUUUGCAGGAGUUGGCCACCACACCAGUUACUCAUGCACCUCAGCGAAGAGGAGGUAACCACUCCCUAGAUUUGAGUGUCACAUCUGAGGAACUGUUGUCAGAAGCCUGUCUCGACAGUCUGAUGUAGGAAACCAUACAUGGAUAGGAAACUUCAUACAUGGAAGGUAGGUGGUAGAAUCAGUAUGCCAAUGGUGACCUAAUAAUUUGAACUUACAUUUUCCAAACUGUUACAAAUUUAAUGCCCCACACAUCAGCACGUGCACCCUUAACAUCCCAAAUUAAAAGGCAUGAUUACCAGGUAGUUAUAUCAACACAGUAACUUAGCAGAUGAAUAUUAUGAGAAGGUUAGUCCUUCAAAGGAGAGAAUUUUCUAUAUCUUAUGGCACAUGAUUCCUGCACUAACUAGGUUUUGUGCAUGUUACUCAUUUAUCACCCAGAAGUGAGAUUUUUUGUACGUUUAUUUAGCUGCCAAUGAAAAGAACAAAUAAUUGUCUUGACGAUAGCUGCACAGCCUUACGUGAACAACACUACAUUAGUAGAAAACUGAUUAACCAAUAUAAUUUCUAUUGAAUUUUAAGUUUUGUCAUGUGUACACAUACACUUUAGUUUUUUUGUGCUUUGGGUGUGAUUUUCAGUACAUCUUGUAUAGAUGCAUAUGCCUAUGUUGGGGCUGAAAUGAAAUCCGGGAAAAUUCUCAGAUCUUGUUAGUCAGAUAAUAUUGCAUGUAUGACUGACAUAUUUAUGACCUUAAAUUAAUUAAAGCAGUGAAUAUGCGAUGCACAUAAGGCUUAAUUAAGUGAUAGACUUUCAGUCCUGGAAUGUUAUAUUACACCUAAUAUGACUAGAUUGCACAGGCUUGUGGUAAAGGUUUAAAUAUUUCAGCCUGGAAAUAUUAUACACCAGCCUUUUUCAGCAGCUCAU